ACUAGCGAGAGAGUGCAUUGGAGAAAGGACGAGAGGAGGAGUGGAGGUCCGCCUGUGCUGUGAGCUGCUGGAGGUAUUAUCUGAAACCCCUCCGUACCAAGACGCACGUUCCCAGACAAGACAGUCGUCGGUGUCGGUUACCUGUACGAGUGUCACUUGCAGGGAAUAAAAGUAAGGGUUGUUCUGAGGUCGCACUGCUGAGAUGACAAGGCUGUGACAGUGUGUGUCCAAGUGUGUCGGUACUGGACCAAUUCCUGUGACAUGGCUGCCGCGAAGAAGAGUUGUGCCAAGACGGGAGGCGUUCGCUUCUCAGAGGAAUCCCCCGCCGCCGGACAGUCGUCACACGUUCACUUUGAUGAGAAGCUGCAUGACUCCAUCGUCAUGGUGACACCGGAGGAUGACGGCAACUUCAUGGUCAAGGUCGGCUUCCUAAAGACGCAGCACCGGUAUGAAAUAGUAUUUACAUUGCCCGAGGUCCCAGCUCUGGGGAAGGAUGUGUGUCCAGCGCCAGUACCCAGUCCACACCUCCGGAUCACUGAUAUCACACCGGCACCAGAGGGAGGUCUGAAGGUGACGUGUGAGUACAUGGCCCAGCAGGAGGGCGUUCUGUGUGAGGAGGUGCUGCUGCUGAGCGAGACCAACGAGGACGUCUGUGUUAAAGUCAAGGUUCACGCCAGAGUCAUGGAUCGUCACCACGGUACACCCAUGCUGCUGGAGGGGGUGCGUUGCAUCGGGGUGGAGUUGGAGUAUGACUCUGAACAGAGCGACUGGCAAGGAUUCGACUGAAGAUCUGGCUCCCCUUCCUCCCAAAGUACACACACAUAUGCACACACACACACACACACACACACACACACACACAGACACACACACACACACACACACACACACACACACACAUACCUGCCGUCAGAGAAGUGUACACAAAUACAGCAAAAAGGAAAACACACAAACGAUCCAGUGCCACGCAAUGUGAAAACAGCAUGGGUUCAGUGUUGGAUUCAGAGGAAAGGUGCGUCCCUACACACAAAAACAUUCCUCAAGAUCAACAGCAUCUGAACACAGUGUCCUCCCAAUCCUCUUUCUGUCACUGUGAUGUAUUCAGUUGUAUUUUCCUUACUGAACCUCUAGAGGGCAGCAGCGCUCUUUGAAUCAGAUAUCAGAUCCCUCUGCACCUCUUCUCCUGAAACUGAAUCCCACCUUUGUUUAUAGGAGAGGGAGCAAACAAGGGCUCUUUCAUUCAUAAAGUAGCUUUAAAUUGACCGGUAGCAAGGAAUAUACAUCAGGGGGAAAGAGUUUGGCAAAGCUGAGCCUGUAAUGUCUCUGUUUCACCAUGAGGGGGCACUGCAGACCAUCGUAUGUAAAGCUACUUCAAUUUAAAGGCUUUUUUUCGGUCAAACUCCUGCAGUGUGUUCCCAUUUCUCCAUAUAAAUAUAAAGCGUUACCCCCGAGACAACUUAACUUACUGAUUGUUUUGCAUAUUCCAAACAACAUGUGUGUACUUAUUUCAAAAGCAAGAAAGAGAGGCUUUCUUCCAAGAAAACCAGAAGAGAAUAAGGCUUCAAAAUGUGCGUUAGCUAUAUGGCAUCUAUUGAGCACUCCAUUUCUGGAUCUACCUUCAUGAUUAUGAAACGUAUGUGUGAAAUUGUUAAAGACGAAAGAAGUGUUUUGACUUUUAUUUGGAGAAACUGACACCAAAGUCUGAUGUUUAGCGUCCAUGUUUAAGAAACCCUGCUAUCAAACUCCUUUGCUGUUUUGCUAAAAAUAUUCUGACUCGUUAUUUUUUACCCCAUCUUCUCCAGAAUUAAAGAAAUGUUCAACUAAAGCAACAUUAACAGUUAUUAGGUGUCAAUCAACCUGAAGUAUCAGAAUAUCAUCUUUUUUCCCCAGUUUGCAAAUGUUAUCUCCAGGUUUUGGGGUAAUUGUCCCAACAAAGAAAACAAGACAUUUAACGACAGCAUAUCUUCCUUUAUUCUCUCAUGCUGGACAGGCCAAACUAAUCAUCUACUAAUUCACAGAAUAAUAGUAUGAUUAAUCAACAUUAAUAUUGCAUUCAAGGCUUUUGGGUGGAUUUGUCCAGCAGAAUUUGUGAACAACUUCUUUUGUCUUUUGUUCCAAUUCAUCCACGAAGCCUUCAGAACACUCAUGCCACUCAAAGUGCCUUUCAUCGUACCGUCCCGUUUCUCAUUUCACUUAAAACCCCAGAUGUUGUUUUGACCAUCACAUGCUCUCACGGGACACACACUCGCAGCAGCUGCCUGUUUGUUGUCUUUUCAGUGUUGAAUCCAUCCUCCGCCGGCUUGCCUCCAACAGGUGCUUCUGCCUCUCAGUCUGAUCACAGCACAGAUCGCACAGAGAUGACAGGCAUUGAGGAUGAAUUAAAUGGCCUGUCAGCUCUGCCUGAUUUACAUUUGUGCCGUGAUCUGGCUGCACCGCCGUCUCCAAUGUCCUACCAAAAUCCUGACAUUUCCUCUGUGAGAAUCACCAUUUUGUUUUUGUUAUUGAAUACAUCGGCCUUAAAGGAAAUUAUUCUGCGUGUAACUUCUCUACAUAUCCGACCACAAGCUGUCGGUUUAAAUACAUGUAUUUGAUGUUUGCUUGAAAGGGUCUGCUUUAGUGUAAAACUGAAAUUAGGUUACUGGUUCAACAAUGUAGCCGUCUAUCUUCUGUGGGUGUGAUUUGUAUUUUUUAAUGUUGAAAAUAAAUUUAAAAAGUGUGUAUGA